AUGAUAGGAAGAGCCGACAUCGAAGGAUCAAAAAGCAACGUCGCUAUGGACGUUUGGCUUCCACAAGCCAAUUAUCCCUGUGGUAACUUCUCUGACACCUCUUACCAGAAACUAUCUGGAGUAAAAGGAUCGAUAGGCCACGCUUUCGCGGUCUGUACUCGUACUGAAAGUCAAGAUCAAGCGAGCUUUUGCCCUUUUGCUCUACGAGAGGUUUCCGUCCUCUCUGAGCUAGCCUUAGGACACCUGCGUUACGAUUUGACAGAUGUACCGGCCCAGUCAAACUCCCCGCCUGACACUGUCUUCGGCGAGAGUCGCAAUGCCACCAGGUACCUUUGCUAA